AUGGAAAAAGAAGCGAAGAAGGAAGCUUUUAGGAAGUAUUUGGAGUCUAAUGGCAUUGUUGAUGCUCUCACCAAAGGUUGGUUAUUAGUUCUGGUUGCUUUGUAUGAGCAAAAUGACAAGCCUACCUUUACUCUCGAAUUUGUUCAACAAAGACUUGGGGGUCCAUCUGUAGAUGAAUAUGAGAAGUUACGAUCUGAGAUGGCCGAUUUGCAAGUCAAGUAUGAUGAGCUUCUAGCCAAACACAAGGAAACCUGUAAAGAGUUGGAAGAACUUAAAAGCUCGUAUAACAUCACUGUAACAUCUACUAAGGACACCACCGAUGAUGAGGAUGAAAACAAUAAGCUAUGUAUGAAGGACUAAUGGAGUUGCAUAUGGGAGGUUGAUGGAUUUUCUGUAUAGUAGCCAAAAAAUGUGAUACCUUAUUCCUUAAAGGUAUGUGAAGACCUUACGAUUUGCAUGUUGAAAGAGGAAGAUAUUUGCUAAAAAGUUGGAUUGUAUGAGGUGUAUAUCUUUUUACCUUUGAUUCUUUGACAUUGUUUGAGUUGAAAACUCUCACUUUAGUUAUGCCAGUUAUGUCGUGAUGUUUUUAAUGUGCAUUCGAAAAUGAAACUGAAAGUUGAAAGCUUAGCAUGGAAAAUAGCAGAACUAUAAUCUCUGAAACUGCCAUCUUUUGCAGAAGCUGCAUUAUAUUUAUAAGUUGUAUUCCCUAUUUAAACCUCGGUUUAGACACAACGGCGAACCUUCACUUGAUUUAUCUUGGCAGUGAUGAGAGAGUGGGUUUUGGUUAUUUUACUUAUCCCCAUUAAUAUAAGAUUGAUUUUAAAACGAAACUGCUAUACAAAAAGAAAGAAGCCCAAAACACAAGGGAGCGUCUCAAAGGAGUUGGAAAUUAACUCCGUGUGUUCUUUAUGGGAUCGAGACUGAGGAUUUGAAUAAUUUUUCACUAAAAUUUGGAGGCAUUUUUAGGACUUUUAAGUCCAUUCUGGAGGAGGAGUUGUGUUCUUUGGCAGUUUUUUUCUUUUGUGUGCUUUAUCUGGCUGGAAGGACUGGGAGAGUGUUUUGGGAAGGGAUGGUUUGUCUUGUGAGACUAGUCACCGUGUAUGCAAGAGGGCUUGGAUACUCACAGAUAUAAAAAGAAUAAAAGAAAUAAAUAAAUUUCAUUGCUCUUGGUUACCGAAUGUUGGGGUUCUGUUUUUUUUUUUUCUUUUUUAAUUGCAUUGCCUUUCUUUUUAUGAGUCUUUCAUUGCUUGUUCUUUCACAUUCUUAAAGAAAGCUGGUUUUCUAUUAGUUAGAAAAAUUAAGGAAAACUUCUUAAUAGUCACACCUACCCUAGAACUCUCAUCCCAUCUCAAAGUUUCUUUUUCCUUACCAGAUAUUCUAUAGAAUAGCCAUAACAAUUACACGUGAAAGAGAAGGAUGAAACCAAAACUCUUCAUUUGAACGGUAGGAUCUUUUACAAGCUGAAAGUACACCAGAGGUCUUGAAGACUGUCACAUUUUGAAACUUUAAUUCUAACUUAUCUCCCCAACACAUAAUCCAAAUCCUCAUAAGGACACUUGCAAAAGACACACUGUUAAAUCCUCGAUAAUGUAGCGGAAGACCUUCAGAUGAAGUCUAGAGUGUCAAUCUUUCCAUAGACAGAUUUCAACUUCAAAUCUUUAUUUUAUACAAAGAUAAGACAAGCUACAAAAAAGUGGACAUCCAUAGAAGAAAGAAGAUAAAAGAUAAGAAAACCAAGCAAAGGGAAAUAUUACCCAAUCAAGGAUCUUUCCAAGCAAGGGAAAGCAAUGAGAUUAGUCUUCCCAAGAUUUUUGAAAGUCGCUUUAACUCCACGAGCAGAGAACCUCUCAAUCGCAAGCAAGAUGGAGAGCUUGUCUAUCUUACUUUCUGAUUGUUGUUAGAGCUUUUAGAUUUCACUAAUUCUUCAAUACGGUUCAUUCUGGUAGGCUAAUCAAAGCUUUUACUUUCCAAGUCCAGUUUGGUUGGCAGGAAAAAGGUGUGAGAUGCAAUAAAGAACAAGCCGCAGUAUUACUAAUUGUGGAAGUAUGGAACACAGUUUAGGAAAUUAACUGGUAUUUUGCUAUGCUUAGACUACAGCUUUGGUUGUACUGUUUCAGAUUAAGACAAAUG